AUGGCGGCCCGGCCUUCGUUGGGGUCUGAGUCCGCCGCCGCCGCCGUCGCCGUACCUGUGCUGGCGACCUCGUCGGCCGCGUCGUUGUCGUCGUCGUCUUCGUCGAAGCACCCUCGCAGCAUGGCGCUCAAGGAUCACAUCUCAUCGCCGCUCGAGGCCGGGCCCUCGGUCCUCGACGCCCACCACCUCCCGCCACACCUCGUCCCCGCGCUCGAGCACGCCGCGGGCCGCCUCGCACGCAGGGCGCUGCACCUGACCCUCGUCGUUGUCCGGAGGGACUACCAGUUGCCUGCCGCGGCGCCGCCGCCGUACGGCUCUCCGGGGUUCCUCUCGCCCGUGACGCCCGUUACACCCCCGAGUGCCGGCGCCGCCAGCGGGGCUUCCAAGUUUACCCUGACGUCCGUCUCGGCCGGGCUCAAGGGGCUCGUUCGCUCGCGGUCUCGCGGCAACCUCCUUGAGACCGGGCAACACCACCACGGCCACAAGCACAGUGGCAGCACGCUGUCCUCGCCGAGAUCCACCGCUUCCCUUCGGUCGUUGAGAGCGCGGUGGCCGCUGUCCCCCACGACGCCGCUCCUGUCAUCGCCUCCGCCCAUGACGCCGUGCACGACGUCGUCGUCGGCCACGGGCACGUCCGACGAUCUCUGUACUCGGCCCUUUAAGCUUCGGCUCAUGCACGCACCGGACCUGCCGCUCCGGGCACAGAAAGACCUGCACUCGGCUCUCACCAAGGCGGAGAAGAGGUUCCCCACAAGAGGACCACAGUUGUCACCGGCGGCCAGCCCCGCGGCAUACUGCCUGCCUGGUGCCCUGUUCAACGCGUCUCUGCUGCAGAACGAGGUCCUGUUCUCCACCGAAGGUCUGACUCUCGUGGCCCUCGACCACUUGUACAGCGUCAAGAGCGCGCUAUCGGUCUAUUCGACCACGCGUUCGCCGCUGCGCCUCGAGGACGCCGUCGAUGAGCUGCGCCGCUUCGUGCUAGCCAGCCGCGGUGCCAAGAUAUCAAAGGCCGACCUCCUGCGCAGCUAUGACUGGCUGGGCGUGAGCAGCGCCGCUGUGGAAGACCUCGACGCCAUGUACAGGCGAGCGUACGGUGGACCUGAGGGUGCCGGUGCCAUCGUCGGCAUACGGAGACCGCUCCCGCCACUGCCCGUAUCAAGACCAGCGAAACCAGCAGUUGUAGAACCCAUCCUGUGGGUUCAGGAUGACGACUACUUCUGCGGCAUGCAAGAGGAACCAUGGGUCCCAGAGACGGAGGUCGAGGAAAGCAUGAUUGGCAUCGCCAUCACGACCCCUGAGUCGGUAAAGAGAUGUCUCCCUCCGCGUGGACCAACCCUGCGGCUUCAGACGAGCUUUGAGACGCUACCGCGUUUCCCUUUGAGCAUGGCCCAAGGCGGCGGGACGUGGGAUGGGGAUGUCACCGCCAGGCCAUUUGAUGGGCGACGGGCUUUUGCGCCAGACGCCUGCGGCAACACCUCAUCCCUUGAUCAGAUGCUCUUCGGCGGCGGCGGCGGCGGCGGCGGCAUAAGUAGCAUCACGCCCACGACGUGUAACCCGGGGACAGUGACGCCGAACGAGUAUGACGAAAUCUCGCCUGUCACAAGGAGCGAAUGGGGCUUCUUGAUAUUGGAUGAUGCAUUCAAGGGCGGUCGUACGGUGGCCGUCGAAACGUGCUGA